CAAACCCCACCUGCCGUCCUGUUGCUGCUGCCAGCGUUUAUAUCGAUCACUUCUAAGCGACACUUCUUGUACUCGCGUUUUCGGCUCACGGGGAAGGUGGACUGUGCACUUUGCUGACACUUCGGCAGGACUGGACCAGGAGCAGGAGAGGUGAAUCAGGGACUGGAAAGCGUUUGGAGAUGGAGUGGAGGGAGCAGUCAACUCUCAGCUGUGAGGUGGCCUUUGCUGAGGCUCAGCGCUGGGUGGAGGAAGUGACCAGGAAAAGGUUUGGGAGUGGUAACUUCCGAUCUGCUCUGGAGAAUGGAGUCUUAUUAUGCGAUCUGAUCAACAAGCUCAAGCCAGGGAUCAUCAAAAGAGUGAACAGGCUUUCUACACCAAUUGCAGGCUUGGACAAUGUGAAUGUGUUCCUGAAGGCCUGUGGGAAACUUGGGCUGAACGACUCUCAGCUCUUUCAUCCGGGAGACUUGCAGGAUGUCUCCACUCGUGUCACAGUCAGGCGUGAAGAGACAACCAGGAGACUGAAAAAUGUUCUUAUAACUAUAUAUUGGUUGGGAAGGAAGGCCCAAGCAGAUCCCUCCUAUAGUGGACCACAGCUCAACUUCAAAGCUUUUGAAGCACUGCUGGGUGUUGCAUUGUCCAAGGCACUAGAGGAGUCUUCUUGCCCCAAGCCUAGUGUAAGGGACAGUGGAUACGGAGAGAACUGGGACCCUGACAGGGAGGACCUGUUUAGCUCACAGCAGCCAAACUACAGGAGGGAGGAUUCAGUGGAGAGCCUCGACUCUGUGGAGUCACGAACGCUGAGCGUAGCGUCAGACUGUACACUCAUAGCAGGCAGUGAAGGAUUUGGAAGUGACGCAGAAGCAGAGCACUGCUUCAGGAUGUCUGAGGGCAGCAGGAGUGAAACCCACUCUGCACCCAGUAGAGAGAGAGCAAAUAUUCCCAUCGCUCUGAGGAGGAAACGAGGCGACCAGUGCCAAGACAGUGGAAGAAGUCACGCUAGCCAGCUCCCCAGCGAAGGUGGAAGGGACUUUAAUGAACCCUGUCUUGAACUCCCUCCUGCUUCUGCCUUCCACCAACGGGCACAUUCUUACCAGAGUGACUCUGAUUCUGACUCUGACCGACCAGAACCUGACAUCGUGCAGGACGACCUCGCAAGUCGGCGUUUUCGCUCGACGACCUGCGUUGCUCCCGUGAACUUUGCUAUUCCUCUGAACCCAAGGACUCCCAGGCUGUUUCCCACAGUGACCCCGUGUGCUCAGAGGUCAUGGGUCACCGUCUGUGAUGCCUCACAGUUGGCUACAGUGCCUCACAAAAGGUCACACCAGAGUUCUCUCCAGGACGGCAAAACAUCACUUCCACCUUACAGAGUAAGUGGACGAGACGAGAAGGCCGCGCUGGAGAAUGAGUUUUUGCUGCGAGCAAUGACCGAAGAUUCUGCCGAAUCAGAUGAGGGCCAAGGCUACGCCGACCCGGUUCAGGAUGACCUCUAUGCUCGUAGAGUGCUUCAGGCCACCCAUCAGACCUCAGUCAACAUGGACUCGGACAAAUUCCUGCCCAAGUUCUGGACACCUGAGGAAGAUGCUCACGUGGGACAGAUUAGACUAGGCUCCCAGCGCAGACCCUGGUACAGGAAGAUGCAGGGCUUCAGAGUGCCCAAGAGACGUUCUCGCCGUGUUGGGAGCAAGUCCAUGAGUGACAUUGCCUUAGAGCCCAUACCACAGGAGUCUGAAAGCAGCAUGCCUUUUGACCGAAGAUGCCAGAGUAAAGCUGGAGAGGUGAUGCUGGAACCCUCAGCCAUAGAUCAGGUGCGGCCGAAGCACAUACAACACAUUAAGACCAGAGUGAAGGACAGCGAGGCCAGGUGGCAAGAUGACCUGGACAGGUGGAAGAGCCGCAGACUAAGUGCAAACUCUGACUUGUGGAAGAAGAAAGAGGAGAGAGAGCAACUUGAGCUCUUCUCUAGCGGGGGAGGUGCUGAUGGUUUGAGGACUGCUGUGCGCAGAGGGGUGCAGGAGGAGGGUGAUCACAACAGUGUCCUGGUGUUAGCCACAUGCCAGCAGCAUCAAGUUAGACCUCAGGAGCCCUCCUCUUCCCAGCAGCCCUCCAGCAGAGCUCUUCCUUCUUCCCAGCCUUCAGGACUGAGGGAGGUCCCCCAACUGGGUUCACUGGCUUCAGACGAAGCCUUUUCACCUUCUGAAGCCUCUCCUCUAACCACAAGUUGUAGCAUGCCUGGGCCCAUGAGUUCAGCUGGGUCUGAUGCUGUUGGUACAACACUAGUGGACCCACUUCCUACACAUGUGGCACCUCCUACAAAUGGAGCUUGUUCUCUUACCAAUGGUGCAAUUGGAGGUGACUCACUGGUGACUGACCAGACCCAAGUGACUACAUCUGUCUUUUUCAGCCCACCAGAUUCCACUAACCUUUUGGAACCCUUAUCACCCACUUUGAGGUCAUCUGGCACUGAGCUCAGCCAGCAGGGUUCAGAACCUGUCCAGCGUGCUAAAUCCGUGGAAGGUGUGUUUUCUGGGGGAACGCGGAUGUCUGCCACCCUGCCCAGGGGCUUUCGGAGGUCAGAGGGAAGCUCCCGACUUUCCAUGGGAGUCACACCAAGACCUUUUGGGACCAAGGCCUCCAGGGUGUCCUCUCUGCCCAGGAUCUAUUCUAUGGACGACUCCCAUAAUAGCCUCAUCAAAGGUCAACGAGAGCGACCUCAGCUCCCUGCAUCUUUUACCUGCCAAGACAAGGUCACAACCCCAGCUAACGAGGGGACGACUUGCUCCAAUACCCAAAACGACAGCCACAGGAAGAAGGAAAAAGAAAAUGAAGACAUAGAAGAGAAGAAUCACUCAGCUCCUAAAGUGCACUCCUUCAUGUCUGCUAGCAUGGUGGCCUCCUCUCUAAAACAGAGGGCCACAUCUGAGAGCGAAGAGGCAAAGGUGGGUCACACUGAUAUGCGAGUCAGUCUAAAUCAGAAGCCUAACAGUGGUAGGGACUUUGGCUUUCAGGCUCAUUGGGAUUCCACUGGUGCUCGCAUCAAAUCUGUCCAACCAGGCAGCCCGGCUCAGCUGUGCCACCUGCAGGCGGGCGAUGAGAUCGUGGCUGUGGGAGGGCAGCGUGUGGCCGAGAUGAGCUAUGAGCAGUGGAAGGCCAGCAUGGAUGCUGCACUGAAAGAGGGCAGCCUGCUGAUGGAGAUUCGGCGCCACGGGCAGAACGCCUGGGGCAGCGACCACCUAUCCCUACCAUUUAAAAGCCAUAAGACCAUCAAUCUGACCAGUAUGGAUUCAACACUUAUAGGUCAUCCUGAGCACUGCGUCACGGUCAGCAGCUGCUCCAACUUGCCUGCAGAUAAGGUGACUGGAGCGAAGGUUAACGGCCAUACUGUUACUGGUUUGCCAGCAAAAGCUGUAAAUAGAAACUUCCGUGACAUUCCGGCUGUAACCAAAAACAAAGGUUCCUCUGGUUCCACAGUGGACUCUUGGGUCUACCUCUGUGGAGGCUCAGAGUCUGCCAUUUCAGAUCUGCAGGUUCCUUCCAUCAGUGCAGCGUCCUCGCGAUGGUCAUGGGACACAGAGGAGGAGAGGAGGAGACAGGAAAAAUGGCAAAUGGAGCAGGAGCGCCUCCUGCAGGAGAAGUACCAGCGUGAUCAGGAAAGACUGGAGGAAGAAUGGAGGAGAGCGCAGCUGGAAGCAGCAGGAGAGGAGUACAGUGGCCCUGAGAGACCUUCUUCUUUGUCAAAUGGAAACACUACACCUUACACCCCACCCCCCUUCCACUACCAGUCAACUUCCUCCACUUUUUCAAAUCAGCGGGCUGCAGAGGUCAAGCCACUGCAGAGCAGGCAGGUGACUAUGCAAAUAGCAACAAGCCAUCAGACCAAGGAGGAGUGUGAUUCAUCCGCAAAGGCUAGUCAACGGCCUAGUGAGUCCUGUGGAUUUGCCAAGCUUACAGCCUUGGACAGGAAAAAGUCCAAAUCUACACCUGCACUUGACAGCAGUCACAAGCAAGACUCCAGAGUGAGUGUUAAGAGAAGAGGGCGGCUGUCUCAGGCAGAAAAGGAGCGUCAGCAGAUCCUGGAGGAGAUGAGGAAGAAAACUCAGCUCAACACUGACAGCAGCUGGAUCCGCCAGCGCAGUACCUGCACCAUCUACAAAGAGCCCAUCAACGUGGCACCAAUGAGAAGAUAUGACUCUCUGGACAACCUCCACAGCAGCAGCUCUUUGUCUAAGCAGUUCUCCACAAUGUCUAACCCAGCUCGGCCUCACUCUGCCCUGGGCAACAUCACACCUUACAGAGGUUACUCGGGUCGCUGCAGCCUGGGCCCUGGGGCUGCCAUUUUCUCCAGCUCUUCAAGACAGAGCUCCUGGUCUCGCCCAUCUUCCACCUCCUCCACGCCACCAAUCACACCUGGUGCUGAUGAUAUACACCCCAAUUCCCAGCAGCAUGGCAGGCUGGUGAGUGGCAGGCGAAUUUGCUCGCGCUGCGAUCACCCCCUGGGUAAGGGAGCAGCCAUGGUCAUCGACUCUCUGGACCUGUGCUUUCACAUUGGGUGCUUUAAGUGCGUCAGCUGCAGGAGUGACCUCAGCAGAGGCUCUGAGUCCAGAGCUCAGGUGCGAGUCCGACACAGACAGCUCUUCUGUGACACCUGCUACAGCAGACUCCGAGUCCGUCCCGGCAUCCCCAAGUGAUCACAGCACAUUCCUGGAGAUCAUAGAGAAGGCAUCUCUUGAAGAUGCUUCUGAAGAGGCCGUAAGCUCAGCCUAAUACUAACCCUAACAACAGCCUACUACUUGUUACCUUUUACAUUAGUCAUGGAAUAAACGUUAAUAUUCAUGUUUGUUUAGGUCAUUCUGUUCUGCAUGCGUCUUUGUGAAUUUAGGACCUGU